AUGCAAGGUAAUAUCGCUUUAGCACUUUCAUCAUCUGGAAUCGCUGCGACAUUGUUAGAUGGUGGUAGAACAGCCCAUUCGGAACUAAAGUUGCCACUAAACAUACAUUCAUGUGAAAAUGCAGUAUGCAAUAUAAAGAAACAUUCCAAUAUGGCUAAAGUACUUCAAAAAUGUCACAUCAUUGCUUGCGAUGAAUGCACAAUGGCACAUAAGUAUUCAUUGGAAGCAUUAAAUCGAACACUUAUAGAUUUAAGUGCCAACGAUAGACUUUUUGGAGGCGCUUUAAUUUUAUUGGUAGGUGAUUUUAGACAAACAUUGCCAGUUAUUUCACGUUCAACCUAUGCUGAUGAAAUCAAUGCUUGCCUUAAAUCAUCUAUUUUGUGGCGAAGUGUCCAUAUAUUGCGACAUACCGAAAACUUGCGUGUUGGACUACAGAGAGAUUUAGCUGCAGAACUGCCAAACAAUUGCUGGAUAUUGGUGAUGGAAACGACUAUGACAUCAAUAUGUUUUGUCUGCAAUUUACCAAUUAUGUCCCAUCAAGUCGGAUUGGUGUGGCAGGGUGGAAAUGGCUGGGACGACCUUGUCAGAGAACAACUCGAAGAAUCAACAAUUCGUCAGCGUUUAGGUGGACGCCGUGAUUCGGCAGCACAAAUAAACACCCCUCCUAGUACAUCACCCCCACCAGGUAUGCAACGACGUCGUCGAAGUUCUCUAGCACAAUUGACUGACAUUUUACGAGAAUGGAGUGGUGGUGGUGCAAAACAGCAAACAGUUCAGAGAAACACUAAAGCGCCUCUUAAUCGUCGAGAAACACUUGCAGAUUUAGCACGCAGUCUUCCAUGGCGAACUCCGACCACUGAUGCUGCCACAAAUUCCGGAACAAAUUAUAUUGCGCCACGCAAAAGGCGAGAGUCAAGUGCUGAUUCAGGAAUACGCAGUAUGCGAACACGUCGUGAUUCAAAUACUGCAGAAUUUGUUAAACACUGGAAUAGACGAGAGAGUGCAAUUGAAGAACCAGCAGUUUUUGUUCCUGUUGCUGUUGAGAAUAUACAAAAAAGCACUUCCCGUCGAGGUUCAAGUGAAAGCUAUCUUUCUGUCCGACGCGACAGUAGUAUUGUAUUUGCAACAACCCCACCUCCACCACCACCAAAAAUAGUUAGUAGCCAAAAAAAACGUGAUUCUUUGGCUGCACCUGACUUUCCCAAUUUCCAUCAGGAGCAACGUCCUUCCGCCAGCUCAGCAGGUUCCGAUAUAGUUCCAAUAAUAUCUAGUGCAAACUUUGUUCAGGUCGACUCAGCAUGUCAAGCACUACCACCACCAACAAUUAUAACAAGUUCUGUUACGCCGCCUGCAACAAGCCCUACUACUUCUAAGAGCAGACGGGACUCAACUACUCAAUGUGGGCGUGUUAAUCGUCGCGACUCAAAAACGUGUAUUUCACCUGAACGUACACCAAGGAUACAGCGCCUGCAACGACAAGCGACUGCUUUUGAUGAAAGCUGCCUACCAGGUAGCAGCCGACGUGGAUCACAGCCAGCACUUAGCCCUGAUCCACCAGAAGAUUGCGAAAGACGAACAUCAAGGCGCGACUCUCUCAGUCCUGAUAGUGCAUCACGUACCGGACGACGUGAUUCACGUACGCAUUUGUCACCCGAUCGCAAUCAUGAUAGGGAUGGUAGUCCACGUAGAUAUACGUUAAGACGUCAAAGUUCAUCCGCAGCUCGAAGCUCACGGUCACCAGACUCAAAUAGUUGCUGCUCUUCACGUGACCACAGUCCUUGUUCCAGAGCACCACAAUUGGCAACAACUGAGUCAGUUGCACGUCCUGCGAUACGCCGACAAUCUACAACGGAAGAAAUUUUAAUUGCACGUGGUUUCAGACGACAAUCAACAACGGAAGAAAUGAUUCGUUGCCGCAAUUUUCGACGUCAGAGUUCGCAAAGUGACGAUGUUUGUCGUUAUAGAGGACGCAGAGACUCGUCGGCACAAAUCAUUGACGGCACCAUAGGCACGAUGACUGUGGAGACCACUAGCACAUUUUUCGAUUCUAGCACACAAACUGGUAAGAUUAAAACUAGCUUAUUACAAAUUAAAUUUCUCUCAUUUAGUUAA